AUGAAUCAAAAUUUCUUCAAGCAUAUUCGAAGUUAUAAUGCCUGUUUAUCUUUCGCUUCAUUAACAGCAAGAAUAGCUCCUCCGUCUGAUCAUGGGCCACCCUGUUUUAGGAUUUGCGGACAAAUUGUGCAUCGUGUUGGUAAUCUGAGACCUGAUCAAAAUGUUCUGCCUGCAUAUUGUCAGUUAUAUGUUUAUGAUCCUAAUACUGCUUUAAAUUUUCGAAUGGAGCAAAAUGAUUGUUGCAUACGUGAGUUGAUGGAAUUUUGGCAGAAUAUAAUUAGUCAAGAGAACCCAUUUGCUCUUGCAUUUAAAAACAUGGCUGAAAUUGAAGAUGAAGAAGUACGUCAAGCAGCUUUAGAAGGUCGACCAACUUCGAUUGUUAAAAUGUCAUUGCUUGAAGGUGGUGAUAGACGUCGAUACAAUUUUCCUUCACAUGUGGAAGUUGCCAUUGUUUUUAUUGGGGAUGAUGGUGCUCCACCUCCAUCUAGGGAAGUAGUUAUAUACCCUCGAGGUCAGGCCUUAAAAACAAUUUUAAGUAUGUCUGCAAAUCUAGAUCCAAUGAUGUAUCCAAUAUUUUUUCCAAGAGGUGAUGCUGGAUGGCAUGAGCAACUAGAGCAUCAUCCUGACCGAGCUACACGUGUUAGAAAUCGGGUUACUUUGUCUCAGUACUACAUUUACAGGCUUUCUGUUAGAGAAACCUUUAAUCCUAUAUUUUAUGCUAAGAAGCCUUUUCAACAGUAUGCUGUUGAUGCAUAUGUCAAGAUUGAAGGUCAGCGCCUUGCUUUUAUUAGAAAUAACCAAAACAGACUUAAAAGUGAACAAUAUGAUACAUUAUAUGAACAUGUAAAUAACGCUGCAAAUAACCUUAAUGUAAGACCAGGUCGUGUUGUUAUACUACCAUCCUCAUAUGUUGAAAGUCCAAGAGCUUUAAAAGAAAAUUUUAAAGAUGCAAUGGCAAUUAUAAAGAGAUAUGGCAAACCAGAUCUUUUUAUUACUUUUACCUGCAAUCCAAAAUGGAAAGAAAUUACAGAAAAUUUAAAUCCAGGUGAGAGCCCAUCUGACAGACCUGAUUUAGUUUGCCGUGUAUUUAAAAUGAAACUUAAAUGCUUCCUAGAUGAUAUUUUUAAACACGGAUUCUUAGGUAAAGUUAUAAGUCAUGUACAGGUUAUUGAGUUUCAAAAACGUGGUUUGCCACAUGUACAUAUUUUAUUGCACUUUGUAAAUGAUGAUAAGCUAGAAACAGCAGAGGAUAUUGAUAGUCUAAUAUCAGCUGAAAUUCGGGAUCAAACUGUUGAUCCUGAACUUUUUGAAAUUAUAAAAACAUGUGUGAUUCACGGACCAUGUCGAAGUUUGAAUCCCAAUUCUUCUUGCAUGAAAGAUGGGAUUUGCACAAAAAAGUUUCCUAAAGAAUUUAAUCCUCACACUGUUGCAACUUUCAAUGGCUAUCCUCACUACAGGCGUUUAGAUAAUGGUAGAGUAGUCGUUAUAAAAGGUAACCAAGUUGAUAAUCGAUGGGUUGUACCCUACAACCCUUGGUUAUCUAAAAAAUACCAAGCACAUAUUAAUGUUGAAGCUUGCAUGUCUAUUAAGUCAGUUAAGUAUUUAUAUAAAUAUGUCUAUAAGGGGCAUGAUUGUGCUCAUGUGUUAAUUAAUGAAAGUCUUGACCAUGAUGAAAUUAACACAUAUUUAGAUUGUCGCUUUGUUUCUGCACCAGAGGCUCUUUGGCGAAUAUUUGAGUAUUCCAUAAGUGAUAUGUCAGAAACUAUUAUCCGCCUUCAAGUCCACCUUCCUGAUAAUCAUAGGGUAUAUUUUAACGAAGGAGAAGAACGAGUAGCUAUAGAUCCUAACCGCUUGGUUUAA